AUGGCGCUUGGGUCAGGGGAAGGCAUGCGGAGGAUCGUCGGCGUGUUGCAAUUCGAGCAGCUGAAUGCCACUUGGCCCAGGGCAAUGAUGAUGCACCAUGUGGUGAAGGAAUGCAAGGACAUGGAACAUGCGACCCUGAAGCGUCUGACGCGUUUGAUUGACACAGCCGUGCAGAACUGGCACUUGACAUUCAGGCUGUUGAACGCCCCAGCGCGUGCUCCCUUUGAGUCACCGGAGGAGAAGAUCAACCGAAUCCAAGAGUUUUGGAGUGAAGGCCUUUGGCGGCCAACAGAUCGGAGGCUCUCGGAGGGCGUUGAAGACAUCUCGGAACGACGGCCUCGCUACGACCUCCGCAUGGACGUGAAAAACAUCAAGGGACGUUGGGCCACGGCCAAGCCAGUGGGAACCCUUCCGCACCAACAGCAUGAGAAGCUGAAGAUGCUCACCCAGGGCGGGCGUCCCGAAGACCUGGCGGGCGAUGGGCGCUUCCCACCAGAGGAGAUCAAAGAUACGAAUGUCACGGAGCUUCUGAGGCCAGUGAGACGAGGUCGAAAGCUUUACUUUGAUCAAUGCCUGGAGAGACAUGUGAUCCCGAAUCCGCUGAUGUUCAUGACUGGGCACAGUCAUGAACUCAAGUCCAACGGCCAGAUCUUCACCGACGCCGAAAUGCUGGCAGCGCUUGCGUUACUCCGCGAAGAGUUUCCGGUGCACGAGUUGGACUUGGCUGAGAACGCGUUGCUCACAGACAAGAGCAUGGUACCGCUGCUUGAGAAGCUAAGCAAUGCCUCCGUUUGCGCCAAGUUGCGUCAUUUGAGCCUGGCAGGCUGCAGGCAAGUGGGCCGUGGUGGCUCUUGGGCCUCGAUCAAUUUGAUCUUGAGCGCCAAGACCCUGAGGUCACUGAAUCUCAGCCACAUCCAAUUCACCUCUCAAAGCCUGCCGUCGUUGUGCAAGGCGAUUGGAGAGCAUGAGAACAUUCGAGACGUGAGCCUUUGCGGUACAGGACUGGGUAAGAACGGGCUGAGUGGACUUUGCUUGUCCGCCCUCUUCGUGAACAAACGCUUGGAGAAACUGGAUCUCAGCUGGAACCGCUUCAACCAUGAGCAGUUUGCACAGAUGGGUGUUUUGAUUGAUGCCACUGAUAUCGAAGAGCUUGCGGUUGACUACUGUGCUGCCUAUGUUUUUGGAAGGGACAGUCCAGUGGCAGAGCUAUUGGAAGGCCUGGCCAAAGACAAGAGCCUCCGGAAGCUAAGCCUGGUGGCGAACCGGGUGGACUUCCGAUCUGCCCUUGUGAUUGAAGAUGCUCUAGACAUGCAUCCCACCUUGAAGGACAUCAACAUGACUGACAACCCCUUGGGAGCCUUGGGCAUGCGCAGCUUGUUGCGUUUGUUAUCAAGGAAGGAGAAUGCCUUGAAGCAUUUUCAAUCAGAUGGAUGCUAUCAGGGAGCGACUGGCAUGUUGGAUGCAGAGGCUGAAGGCUGUUCGGUCUACUCCUUCACCAACCCGGGUAGUCGGUAUGUGUUGGACUUGAGCCGGCCAUACCACCGCAGCUUGCUGCGCAUUUUGUACAAGACGGCUGAAGCAACGAAGAUGCCCUUGGACAAGGCCUUCGAGAUCGUGGAAGCGAACCCGCCAUAUCAACACGCCAGCAAAAGUUCCGGCCUCUGGCAGGUUCCCACAUCUGGGCGCUUGGUCUGCAACUUCAGCGUCGAGGCCCAGAUCCAGUCGUCAUUGUCAGGUGUUGAUGAUGAUGACUACUUGGGCUUUUUGGAUACGCACUUCGAACUUACUCGUUUCAAGGCCGACCGGCAGAAGAUCACGGCACUCUUCGCCAAGUGGUUGGAGUUGGAAGGACGCGAAGAAGAUCAAUCUAUUUACUUGCAGGCUUUGGCAAAGGAUUUCAACAUGUCCUUACCCUACUUGGGAUAUUUGUGUCGAAGUUCACCUUCCAGCGUGCGCCGUACCAUGAAGACCAUGUUCCCCAGCGUGCCCAGCGACGACCAGUCACGGUACUUGGCGAUGCUUUGUUUGCCAAGCCUGUCGGACUUCUACACAUGUUAUCCUCGUAUGGAGGCCUUAUUGACGUUCAACGCACAAAAUGCCACCGGUCACUACUCCUUGGAUCUGGGAAACAGUUGUGAAUUUGCAGUGGCUCAGCGACUGAUCCUCCUGGAUCGUUGGGAGGCCGUGUGCAACAAGCGCCGGCAGCGUGUUGACAUCUCUGCCACUGGCAACCGCUCACAGCUACGCAACGAGAACCAUCAGGGAAGACCUUUGCUUCUUCGAGUGCGAUCUGUGGCUGAGUGGAGUUUGCCGGAGUAUGGGAUUUUUGAAUUGGACUACGUGAGCUGUUACCGACCGCCUGCUCGUGCGAAACCCUUGAGCGAUGAGCUCUGGGAGUCAUUGAUGGUGUCCAUGUACAAUUGCAAGGAAUUCCGGCCGGAGGACAAGCUGAAAGCUCUUCGCAGCAUCUCCCAUUUGAUCUUCAUCACUUGCAUGCACAUGCGCCAGAUGGUGGGCUACUUCAAGGAGACUUCACACAGAGAAGAAGCUUUCGUGACAUUUUUCCCGCGUGUUGUUGAUAUGCACAAUUCCAAGCAGUUCACUGUGCGUUUUGACAGUCAGGACGAACUACAGCGACUGAGAGGUCGUCUCGGUUUCGUGACCUCCUUCCCUUUUCUUCAGCCAGAGAACACGACCUUUGUGCUGAACCUGAAAUACAACGACCAGCGGCUGUGCUGCUCCAUGUUGGUGGACCUGGCGUUGCACGAGAAGUUUGGUAACCUGCGUGAGUCCCACAUGGUCAGUGAGGAUGGGGUGGCGGAUCCCAUGACCAUGGGCGUGCCUCGAGGCUGGGCGGAUUUCGCCAAGGUUCCCAGCACUGGAACAUUCAGCUGCAAAUAUGUCUGUGCUCCGGAGGAUCGCCAAGUGGAUUUCCGCAAAAAGUUGUCACAGACAUAUGGCUUCAUCAACACCACCUUCAGCGAAUCAGACAUCGCAUGGUGGACAGGCCUGAACGAAGUUGGCGAGGAUGUCUUGGACCUUUUGGAGUUUUUCAUUAGCCGCUACAACCAUGUGAACGAGGCUUUUGCGCACAUCGAUGGCGGUGUCCGCGGUGCGGAUGGUGGCGGCAGCAACACUACCAGCAAUGGUGAGCUCACAUUGCGUGAGUUUGAAGCAGGGAUCCGAGAUAUUGGCUGUCACAAGUUUAAGGGGCCAAACGAGAAGGAGCGCAUUGCAGCUGUUUUCAGGUACCUAGAUCCUGGAGGCGAGGGCAAUGUGUCGCUCCAAGAGUGGCAGAUUUUGGACCAGCUGUGGAAGGAGUUUGUCCAGUUCUUGAUCUACGCCUUCGGUGACGAGUUGGAGUUCGCCUGGGAGGAGUUGGACGACGAUGGCAGCGGCGAGCUGUCGGAAGACGAGUGGUUUCAAGCGGUGAAGCGGAUAGGAUACUUUGGCCCAGCCAGGGUGGUCUUCGCCUUAUUGGAUGGCUCAGAUGAUGGAAACAUUUCCUGGGACGAGUUUCGAGAAUUGGAGAAGUACAGGCGCAAGAAAAAGACCAGAUUUUGA